CACAAGGUACUGUGCUUCAGUUGCUGUUGGACUGAGUGAUCCUGAGAUACAUUUGGACAAACUUUGGCAUCUGGACUCAAUAAUUUCCAAAGCCCCCAAAUUGUUCACAGACAACAUGCAGGUGACUUUCUGCAGACUUCGGACCCAUCAGUGGUGUUUCAUCCUGUUUAAUGUUAUUCUAUUUCAUGCCUUGCUUUUUGGGGCUGAUUUUGUGGAAGAAUAUUUCCUGCAUGCUUUGCCUUAUGUAGAUAUGAAAGUUCUUGAAAUUAAGGAUAAGGCAAGAAAAUUGAACACGGAGCCCUUGAGAAGCAAUCUUUCCAAAUACUAUAUCCUGAGCCAGUCGGAGGUGUGUAAAGGAAAGAGCAUAUUUUUGCUCGCUCUUAUAUUCAGUAGCCCAGAAAAUGGAACAAGGCGGGAUCUCAUCAGGAAAACCUGGGGUAACGUGACCAGUGUCCGAGGGCACCCCAUUCUCACACUAUUUGCUUUGGGAAUGCCUGUUUUGGUGACCACUCAGCAAGACAUAGACAAAGAGUCCCAAAAGAAUAAUGACAUAAUUGAAGGCAUCUUCUUGGACAGUUCUGAGAACCAGACUCUGAAGAUCAUCACCAUGAUGCAGUGGGCUGUGACUUUCUGCCCUAAUGCCCUGUUUAUCCUAAAGGUUGAUGAAGAGAUGUUUGUCAAUAUACCAAGCUUGGUGGACUAUCUUCUCAAUCUGAAAAAACACCUUGAAGAUAUCUACGUUGGAAGAGUUAUCCAUCAGGAUACACCCAACAGAGACCCUAAUAGCCAAGAAUUUGUCCCUUUCAGUGAGUACCCUGAAAAGUACUACCCAGAUUACUGCAGCAGGGAGGCCUUUGUUAUGUCCCAAGAUGUGGCUCGGAUGAUGUAUGUAGUUUUCAAAGAAGUACCCAUUAUAGUGCCUGCUGAUGUGUUUGUAGGGAUUUGUGCGAAGUCCAUUGGCCUUAUACCCAUCCACAGUUCAAGGUUUUCUGGGAAAAGGCACAUCAGAUACAACAGAUGUUGCUAUAAGUUCAUUUUCACAUCCUCAGAACCUACAGAUGCUGAAAUGCCCCUGGCAUGGAAGGAAAUUAACAGUGGAAAAGACUGUACGCUGCUUGAAACCUAUUACGGGCUUGUCUCCUGCAAACUUCUGACGUAUCUUGACAGCUUUAAACGCUUUCACAUGGAUACCAUAAAAAAUAAUGCCAUGUCUUAUGAUGACUAGGGUUUCUUUGUUUUUCUUCAGAGUGUGUUCUUUUAAAAUUACCUCCAACCUUGUUACAGAAAAUGUCCCUCCUUCCUUGUGUUUUUUAUGUAGUUUCUCUGAAUCUUUAAUUGUACUUGGCAAGUUGCAAAGUGUCUUAUUGCUCUGAUGUACUACACUAAAUUGAGAUCUCAUUUUAAGAAAUUUAAAUCGGUGUAACACGAUUCUCUUCAAAAUAAAACCUUCUGUCUAGAAAAGAGAGGACAUAACAUUGAAUUAUGACUCAGAAGUCUUGUUUCUCUUUU